CUGAGAAGAGGCUGAGAGUACUAAACCUUCCGGUCCUUUGAUAGAAUCCUCACUACUCACCACCCCCAGUCUCAAUCACUGCCGAACCAACAAAUAAGCCCUCAACAUGGCUCCGAACCGAUCAACUCCUAAGAAAGCCACGAAUGGCACAAAGCGCAAAGCCGAUGAUCAGACCAGUCCAGCUCAACCGGAGCGCCCUCAAAAAGACCAGAAGACGCUCGAAGAGACUCUCAAGCCUACUGAGGGUGUGGAUGAUGAAGGUUUCGACGAGGAGAUGAAGGACGAUGAGCCGAAUCAUGCGCCGACCACCAAGAGCAAAAGCGAGGAGCAGCAGGGUAGCAUUGAAGAAGAGGUGAAUGCUGGUGAUCAGGUCGAAGAACCUCUUGAGCAGACUGAGAAUGAGGAGAGUAAGGAGCAGCAGGAAAAGAAUGGGGACAAGAGUGCAUUUGACGAGGUCAAGGCAGAUGAGACUGAUGGGGACACUAUGAGCGUAAAGGAUAAGAGUAGCAAAGAGGCCACUACCAAUGAGGUGAAGGAAGAUGCGAUCACACAAGACUCGGAACGGGAGCAAGCACAGCCAUCGAACGUGCUAGAAAAGGGAGUCAUUUACUUUUUUACGCGUGGGCGCGUGGGCGUGGAAGAUCCGGACAGUGUUCAAGACAUUGCUCGCAGCUACUUCGUGUUGCGUCCUCUAGCCGCUGGCGCAAAGAUAACAGAUGGAUCGGUCCAGGACAUUGGCAACAACCGCCUCAUUGCACUGCCCAAGAAAGUAUUCCCUAAGAAUGGUAAGGAUCGAUUCAUGGCAUUCGUCGAGAAGGAAAAGGCGACGAUGGCCACUCUCAAGGAGGAGUUCUUCUCCGGAUCUUCCUACAGCACCAAGACUGUUGGUACCCGCCACACGCCUGAUAUCACACCACUGGGCGAGGGAGUGUAUGCCAUCACUUCCACCGGCGGCGGUCAAGGCACGACGCAUCUUGCGUACAUGCUCACGAUCCCAUUCAGGGUCGGCGAGGUGCAAAAGGACAUCGGUCUCGGGGAGAAAGGCAGUUUCGUCAUGAGCUUGAAGAAUCCAGAGUCUGGUGCUCCUUCCUACGCUCUGCCCAAUACUGCCGAGUUUCCCAAGGAGAUCAUCGAAGAGUUUGGUGGUCGCGGGUGGAUGCCAAUUCAGCCCAAGCACCUCGACUAUGCGAACUCGGCUUUCUUGCUGAUAGGAGAGGACUUCGACUCUAGCAACAAUCUUGAACCAGCUGCAAAAGAUGAACAGAACGAUGAUAAGGAAACUCCCCAAGAGGAGCUCGAGAAGCUUGAACAAGAAGACGAGCAGCGCGUUGAGAAUCUUCGAGGCGACGACACGAUCUUCGCUGAUCUGCGCAUUUCAUCCCAGGAGUAUCCCAAGGUGCUCACGACCUGGUGAAUCUUUCUGAGGUGAUUCAAGAAGAGACGCCAUAAUUCAAUAGAGCGAGCGAAGCGAAGAACCUGUUCCAGCUGAGCACGAAGUUUAUCCAGAUCUGUAUAUCAUUUUGACCGGGCAGUUGAGCAACAGGAGACGGGAAUGGCGCUGUCUCACUGCAACGCGAAGUCGGAGGCCAGGCGAAUUGGGCGCCAGUCCGCCAGAGGAGGUUUGUCAGUCUGCAGCUAUACCCAACGAGACCAUGUGAAAUAGAAAAGCCGCGAA